CCUCCCAAGCAUGUGAUUCAGGUGUUCCAAUCCCCUCCAUAUCAUGUGAUUCAGGUGUUCCAAUCCCCUCCAUAUAAUGUGAUUCAGGUGUUCCAAUCCCCUCCAUAUAAUGUGAUUCAGGUGUUCCAAUCCCCUCCAUAUCAUGUGAUUCAGGUGUUCCAAUCCCCUCCAUAUCAUGUGAUUCAGGUGUUCCAAUCCCCUCCAUAUCAUGUGAUUCAGGUGUUCGAAUCCCCUCCAUAUCAUGUGAUUCAGGUGUUCCAAUCCCCUCCAUAUUAUGUGAUUCAGGUGUUCCAAUCCCCUCCAUAUCAUGUGAUUCAGGUGUUCCAAUCCCCUCCAUAUCAUGUGAUUCAGAUGUUCCAAUCCCCUCCAUGGACACAGGUGUAUACAAUCCAUCCCCUAGGCAUGCAGACUGCUUCUAUAAACAUUGGAGCUCAGUUACUCCAA